AUGGCGGCAAUGGCGAACCUUGUGAAUACCAUGGAGGCUAAUGCUACUGCGACUCUGCAAGCUGUGCAGAGGUUAGGCCAGCCGACCGAAAACGGAAACGGGAUUGGCGAAGGAAAUGUGGAUGACAAUGCUGAAGGAAACGGAGAUAACACGGGAGGCGUCCCGAUGACUUUGGCAACUUUCCUCAAAGUUCAUCCACCAACAUUCCGAGGAUCAACUAAUCCUACUGAAGCGGACCACUGGUUCCAGGCUAUAGAGCGUUGUUUACUGGUGCAGCAUGUUCCACACAAUCAAUAUGUCGAGUUUGCUGCUUAUCAACUUACGGGAGAGGCCCAGCCAUGGUGGCAAGCAGAGUGUCGCUUGCUACAGCUACAGAACGCUGACGUUCCGUGGAAGUACACCAACAAGUUUGAGGAGCUUUGUAGGUUUUCUAGUGUGUGUCAGGGUGCCCUGGAGACUUAUGAAAAAUGGAAGUGUAUCAAGUACCAAAGAGGCUUGAAGAACGACAUCAUGAUUGCUGUGGCUCCUAUGGAGAUUCGUAUUUUCUCUGAUUUGGUGAAUAAGGCAAGAGUUGUUGAAGACUACACGAAGAAGGUAGCCUCGUCAAAGGAGACUUCUGGAGGGAACCCUAGUAAUGAGUGUGAUGAUUGCCUUGGACCAAGGGAACCGAGCUUUAAGAAAGAUGGUUGCGCUCCUCAACAUCUGCAAGGUCAACGGAACUUCAGAAGGGACAACAAUGCCCAAUUUUACCGUAUGAGGGAAGCCCAUCUAUGUUUCACUUGUGGGAAGCCGGGACAUAUAUCUAAGUACUGUCGCCGCAGAAGGGACCGAGAGAAGGGCCAGAGUCAACAAUCAGGCCAUGUCAUUACAUCGGAUGCACGUGAGGCAAUGGGGUCGGAUCCUUCGAUGAGAGUUUCGCGUAAUGUUACAAAAGUAGUCUUUGGUUUUGAAACUACGUCGAAAAUUCUUGGUUUGGAAGAUAUUGUUUAA